UAAGGUAUUUACAGGAAAAUUUCAGCAUUACGCAUGGGUGUCGUUUAGAAACACAGCUUGUAACAAAUGUUUUCAUCAAUGUGAAGAAUCGGAAUUUUGUGACAUCUGAGCCACGAAAGUAUGCAAGUUAGUAAGGAAGCUGUUGAAUGUGCAUAAAUGGCGCGCCAUCGAAAUAUUCGGACCAUGAACUAUGACGAAGAUUUGUCGCUUUCUACCUUCCCCAACUCUGUUUAUAACAGAAAUUGAUGACUACUCAAGUGAUGAUUAUGGAACGUCUUUUGAAAACGGUUGUGUAACGCCAGAAACGGAAAGUUUGUACACGUAUUCACGUGAGAGACUCCAGUCGGUGUCGAAAAUCUGGGAACCACAUAAUCCUCCAGUCAAAGAAGAAGAUGAGGACGAAAUGGCUACACAUCCGCAUGAUGAUGAUGUGAUCGACACAAGUCAGGUGACCGAAGCUGAUCGUGAAAAGUUCUUCGACUGCUUAGACAAGAUGCGAUCUGUCGUUGGCGAUUCAGAACCUGAAAACGUUCUUUGUCAGGCAGCAAAAAGCCAGAAUUUUGAUCCUGAGAGGGCACUCGAUAUCAUUUUUAGUAGAAGGUCAGGGAGAGACAAGCCGGAUGUACCAGCUGCUAUUCACGGAGCUUUUAAAGCUGGCGUCGCUGAAGCAGUUUCCAAUCCCAAUAGUCAAAACAAUCAAUUUCAGAGCGAAUUUAACAUAGAUGCUCUUCUUGGCAGUGCCUCAGUAACGACACAGGGCAUGGAUAUCGACUCCUUAUUAAGUGGCAAAUUACCGUCUAUAGCGUUUCCUGCGCUUCCUGAUACAGUCACUGAUUUUUCUCAUAAUUCUGGGCCUUUGCAUGGGUCUCCGGGCAACUUAGCUGAUUCACUUGGAACGUUGAUGGACAGUAGCCUUACUUUGGACGACUUACUAGGCACAAGCAUAGAGCCUAGGAAAGGUCUAGAUCUCAAGCAGAUAUUGGCAGGAAAUACUUCUAAUCAGACAAAAGAACAAGCAGGACUAAAUCAGACAUUAGCAACACGGGAAUCAAAUAAUCCGAUGAUCGUUCCUAUUAGAACAUCGACAACUGAUAUAAACGAACUUUCACUGUCGGGGAAAGUGACCGAUGCACUUGAUGAACUACUUCAAGCGAGUGCGGAACAACAAAGCAUAGAACGGAACCGGCUGGCGCCCUCCCAAGAAACCUCAGAAAUGUCACGUGUGCUCUUAAAGUUACAGCGACGUAAUGAAGGAGCACUAGGCACCACGAUAAGAUGGUACAAGGGAUUGUAUCUUAGACAAAAGGAAACAUUUGCUUUCGAAGAGCCAUCACCCGAUGAUCUAGUUAAAAAUACAGUACAGCGAAAUGGGGAGACAUUUUGCGGAGUGAAGAAACUCUUUUUUCCAGAAACUAAACCUUUAAAGCAACAUCGCGCUCCGUUAAUUAGUGUUCCUCCAGUUGAGGUUCCUAUGCGUGUGACAUUCAGCGGCAAAAAUUUCAAAGAGUUAUCGUCAAAGGCCUCAAAAUUUCAACCAGGUAAGGAAGCAGCUCGAGAACUUAACGAACUUAAAAUAGAACAAGAGAUAAACAAUGCGCCCAAGAAGCUCCCACCAGAUACGCCAAAAGUCACAUCUUCUCCGAAGCCUGCAAGACAUUUAAAGGUGGACACGAAGAUAAUUCAAGAGCAGUAUGACAAGGAACGAAGUGCCAGAAAACCACUUUUGAAUCUUGUUGUUAUCGGGCAUGUAGACGCUGGAAAGAGUACGUUAAUGGGCCAUCUUCUUUAUCUCACUGGAAAUGUCAGCAAGAAAACUAUGGACAAAUACGAGCACGAAUCUAAGAAGUUUGGUAAGGCAUCAUUUGCAUUUGCCUGGGUUCUGGACGAGACGCCUGAGGAGAGAAGCCGCGGAAUCACGAUGGACAUCGCUCAUGCUAGACUGGAGACUGGGCAUAGGAUCGUCAAUAUUCUGGAUGCACCAGGACACAAGGAAUUCAUUCCGAACAUGAUUACAGGUGCCGCGCAGGCGGAUGCAGGAAUCCUUGUUGUAAACGCCACCCGUGGCGAGUUUGAGACUGGAUUUGAAUCUGGAGGUCAGACGAGAGAGCACACAAUGCUGAUCAGAUCUUUAGGUGUAUCUCAACUGGCGGUUGUAGUGAACAAGUUGGAAACUUGUGCCUGGUCAGAGAAUCGCUUCAACGAGAUUGCUUCAGCUCUCAGGCCCUUUUUUAAGCAAACGGGUUUUGGAGAACAGAGCGUCUCAUAUGUGCCCUGUAGCGGGCUGACUGGAGAUAAUCUGCACGAGCGAAGUAAAAAUUCUCUUCUGACUGCAUGGUAUAAAGGUCCUUGUCUUCUUGAAGUCAUCGAUCAUAUGAGGCCACCAGCCCGUGCUGUAACGCGACCACUUCGCAUGUGCGUCACUGAUGUUUUUAAAGGGGUUCAGUCCGGAGUGUGUGUUGCUGGAAGAAUCGAAAGUGGAUCUGUUGCGCAAGGGGAUAAGCUUAGUGUCAUGCCGGCUCAAGAAAAUUGCAUUGUAAAAGCUCUUGCCAUUGAUGAGCUGUCUCAACAAAGAGUCUUUGCAGGUGAUAAUGUAGUCGUAACGUUAGAUAAAUGUGACCCUGCAAACAUUGUUUCCGGCUCCGUUCUUUGCGAUCUAAGUAAUCUUAUUCGGGUGGUCACCAAAUUCGAAGCUAAGGUGGUGAUUUUUAACGUGGACGUUCCUAUUAUCAAGGGCUUUCCCGUUAUUCUUCACUUCCAGGCUACGAGUGAACAGGCGCAUUUCGGAAGGCUUAUUAAAGAACUUAACAGAGGCACCGGCGAAGUCAUCCGUGAAAAACCCAGGUACUUGGGAAAAAACAGCACUGGCGUUGUAAUAAUCAAAGUGGCGCGUCCAGUCUGCCUAGAGUUAUAUCAAGAUUCAAAGGAGCUCGGCAGAAUAACUCUGCGUCAAAGAGGCCAGACGAUAGCCGCUGGAAUUGUUACGGCGUUGUUAUGAUUGCUUUUACUUGAAAUUUAUUAGAUAAUUUGUUAAGUAUGAGCAUGGCAACUAACAAUGAGAGUAAACUGAGUAGAAAUUCAUAUGCUCAAUGAUGUUUAAUAAAAAUGGGGCUGAAGGGCUCUUUAUAUGAAUCAGAGGUUCUUGGAACUCCUUUGUAUGCUCGAGACUUACUGCUGGCUAUUAGAUAAACGUGCAUAUUAAACACUUUGUGUCAAGUGGCCAUGGGAUAUCUAUGAAGAAUUCAAUUGACGUCAUACAGCACCGCAAUGAAGUGCCAUUUUUGCACAAAGUUAAUAGUUGCUGAAAGUUAAUAGAAAGCAAACCAUUUUCUCAACCGUCAGUUAACACGCGCUCCAUAAUUUCGCGAAACUGCAACUUGUUCAAGACCUAUUGGUAAUCUAAUGUUUAUGAUCAUUUUCUCCAUUUUUAUGAGCUGGUAAGAAAAAGCCUUGUUUCAUGCAUAACUGUGACUUUCCAAAGUUUCUUCUUUGAAAAGGCAUAUUCACGCAAUAAGCCUAUUGGUUACUGUUAAUAAACGGUUUUUUAAAUCGUUUUUAAAAAAUGCAGCAUAACUAGCUCUCUAUCGCUGAGUGUCGCUCUUUGUCAUUUCAACGGUUAGUUUCGAAUAUUUAUCAAAUCAUUGCUUGAGAGAGAACGCCGCUGCAUUUUGUCGUGAUUUUUCUAGAACUAACCAGAAAUCUAGCUAAAUUUAAAGUAUCAAAAGCACUUUACAUAUGGAUGGCUCCGCAAUUCUUUCAAACAGUAUUGACUUAAAACUACGCGCCAUUACCUAGGUGGUAUUGGAUUCAAGGCGGGGAUUGACUCAGGGCAAGUGACGGUUACUCCCAUGUGCGUAUGCGGUGCCUGGUCACCGCUGCAAUCACAGUGUCAAUGCGCGAAAAGGCGGCGCUGCUAUUGUGUUCGCUGUGAAAACGGUUUUGCUAAGCUCGUCAAUGCCUGCACGGAUGCGCGUCCUUAAAACACCCGCAGCAAAAUAUGACAGUGAUAAAGCUGACAAAAGUUUAGAAGAUGCAGCUGCUGUUAUCAUAAACCACCUCUUGAUAGAUAGGAAAAUGUUCUUGGGCUACUACCGUGUGUUUUUCUAAGACAAUGUUUAGAUUUGCCAAACGUAUUGGAAAUGCAUGCUUCACCUAUAAACGCGACGGCACUUCUGCAAAAAUAUUAGUGCAAUGUCAAGAUUUAUCUACAUUAUUCCGUCAUCGAUUAAUAUCGCAGUGAGUUGCCGGACUGAAAAUUGGCUGGCCUUAUGGAAGGCGACUAAAGAAGUUAUGGAUUGCUGCACGUACAAUAGAAUUCAAAACGGAAGUGUCCUUUUGAAACAUGUCUCUAGAUCAGUGGCCCAAUGCUAUUAUGUGUGAGUGAUUGUUAUACCGUUUGAAAGACAAAGACACUUUUGCUUGGCAGGAAAUACGAUACGUUCUCUCUAGUUGGCGUGUUUUUUUCACCACGCAGAGUGCUGUAUAUUAGACCCUUCUAACUGGGACGCUGCUUAUAACUUAUAUAUUCACAGAAAGUGAUUUAAGAAAAAGAUAUAGCUUGACCCUGAGGGAAAAAAGAUAAAAAAAGCAUUC